UACCGUAGUAACAGACAAACUAAAGUUGUUGUUCACGGAUGGAACAGCAAUGGAAAUUCAGCAAUAAAUCCAUUGAUUACUUCAGCGUAUCUUGAUGUAGCCGACGUUAAUGUAAUCGUCGUUGACUGGAGGAACGCAGCUAGUGGCAUUUACUCCACAUCUGUGCGUGAUGUCCCAAGCGUCGGACAGCAUCUUGGAAACUUCUUACAGUUUGUUAUUAACACAAUGGGCGGAAACUGGAACAACUUCCAUCUAAUUGGCUUCAGUUUGGGAGCUCAUAUCGUUGGUAAUGCUGGUCGCACUGUCGGAGGCCGUCCUGUCCGUGUUACAGGUCUUGACCCUGCUGGUCCUCAAUGGGGUGGUAACUCGCUUGCUCUGAACCGUCGCGACGGUGUAUAUGUUGAAGCUAUCCACACCGAUGGUGGUCUGCUCGGUAUCUUCGACCCGAUCGCUGACGCGGACUUCUAUCCCAAUGGCGGUAGAAACGCCCAGCCUGGAUGUUCUAUCAGUACUUGCUCUCACAGCCGCGCCUACGAAUUUUUCGCAGCUAGUGUUAGGUACAACCACUUCAACGGCAGGCGCUGCGCUAACCUGAAUGAAGCCAGAAACAACAGAUGCACUGGUGCUAAUCUUCGCAUGGGAAAUCGUGACCUGAACAAGCGCGGAUCUGGACUCUAUGGUUUAACUACAGGACGUACUUGGCCUUUCUAA